GAUAUUACGUACCAUGUUUGUCAUGGAAUAAAAUAGCUUAUGUAAAAACUCAAAGUUAUUUCACGAGUAGGAUUUGGCAGAGAUAACCGUAUGAUCAAUCUUCGGUGGUUUAUUUGAAUAACCCUAUAGCCAUUGAAAUUUUCGGCAGUAAGUUUGCGAGUCAUUUCGUUAUCGAGUGCUGCUCUUCGCUGCGAAUGGAUUAAUGGAUUAUAGAUUUCGAGUGCUGAGCUUAUCUUUGGCUUGAAACUUGCGAUCGACUUCGUAUAUAAACCGAUGCGGUUUUCGGUAAUGCAGUGAACCCAGCUUCACCAGUCAAUCUCUUAGCAACAUGUUGCCAUUUCUGUUAACGGUGCUUCUGCUAGCUUCGACUAAUGGUGACCGUCUUGUGAAACCGAGUGUCCCAUGCUUAGUAGGAAUAAACCCUUUCACACCUCAGGGCCGCAUAGUGGGCGGUCGGGAAACGUCGAUCGAGGAGCACCCCUGGCAGGUGUCGCUGCAGGCCUACGGAUUCCAUUUCUGCGGCGGUAGUAUCAUUUCGGAGAAGGUCAUUCUCACUGCCGGACACUGCACUCAGAGUUACCCCGCCAAGAUGAUGACUGUGAGAGUUGGUAGCUCCAGGACUGCCGAAGGUGGUGCACUGCUCCAAGUUGACGAGAUUGUCCGUCACGAAAACUUCAAGAUCAACAUGUUUGGUAUCCCCGAGAACGACGUUGCUAUCUUAAAACUCAAAACGCCCGUUACGCUUGGAAAAACCACCCAACCCAUUCCACUCUUCGAUUUGGCUGAGGAAGCGAUUGAAGGUUCCCUUGCUACCAUCUCAGGCUGGGGUGCAACAGUAGAAGGUGGCAAUGCUCCCGCGUCACUUCGUACCGUCGACGUCCCCAUCGUCACUAAAACCGUGUGUGGUCGAGCAUAUCAAAAUUGGGGUGGUAUUCCCGAAGGUCAAAUCUGCGCUGCUUAUCCGCAAGGAGGAAAGGAUACCUGCCAAGGUGACUCUGGCGGUCCUCUUGUCAUUGCUGGUCGCCAAGCUGGCAUUGUCUCGUGGGGUAAUGGAUGUGCCAGGAAGGGUUAUCCAGGUGUCUACACUGAAAUCGCUGCUAUGCGUGAUUGGAUCGCUAAACAUGCUGCUGUAUAAUUUGAUAAUAUGGA